AUAGACGGCGCGCUUCAAUUAGAGUUUGCGGGUGGUUCUUGGAGGUUCCUUCAACACCGACCCUUACAGAACACUUUAGCUAUGGAAGAUCCAGUAGUAAAGCACAGUGUGCACACACUGGUGUUCCGCUCACUCAAACGAACCCACGACAUGUUUCUCGGUCACGAGGGCCAGCCGAUUCCCGAGGAUGACCUGGCUUUGAAGGCAAAGAUAGCAUGCAAAAUACAGUCGGAGCACUACCAAGUCAAAGAUCUUCCUCCUCCCAACGAGACGGUGGCCAAAAUGACAAUGAGGACUGCACCGACCUCUGCAAAACCUGAUCCACCUUCAGUGACUGUAUUGGGUGGACAUGCAUAUCCUAGUGCACCAGGUGUGAUCCCUUGGACCGGGUACUGCCGCUAAGACACGCCCUCUCUCAGAGGAGGGAAUAGCCGUCGUCAAGGAACAAGUUGCAGCUGCCCACAAACAUAUUCCUACUGGUGCCAGUGUGGGAGACAUCUAUGAACAUGCUGGAAAGGAUCGAAUUGGCCUUCCUUCACAAACCCUGGUCCUGAGCAAGGGGACUCAGCAGCUGGUCCCCCGCCGGGCGCUCCAGACGGUUCGGCCAGAGUGGCACCCUCCGUGGAAACUGAUGAGGGUCCUCAGCGGCCAUCUCGGCUGGGUACGAUGCAUCGCCAUGGAGCCAGGGAACGAGUGGUUUGCCACUGGAUCCAGCGAUAGAACCAUCAAGUUGUGGGAGCUUGCGUCGGGUCGACUGAAGCUGACCCUCACUGGCCACAUCAGCGCGGUCCGGGCCCUCACAGUCAGCCACCGUCAGCCCUACCUCUUCUCUGCCGGGGAAGACAAGCAGGUCAAGUGCUGGGACCUCGAGUACAACAAGGUCAGGCACUAGAAUGAACACAACGAACCGCAGUGCAUUAUUUACCUAGCUUGACUUUAUCAUUGCAUGUACCACAUUAUUGAAAGAGCCGUAACUGUUAUUGUGGAACCCUUACUCCUGUAAUGAGGACACCUCCAUAAACUAAAAAUACCUUUUCUUUCCCCAAGAACAUGAGGUUCUUGCAUGCAAAUUAACCCCUAAAGCGAGGACUACUAAGGACACCUUUUCUUUCCCCCCAAGAACAGUUCAAUUUAACCCCUACACUUCUCAUUGGUGCCUGGAUUGGAGGGUUACCACUGUCAGCCCCUUUGAUAGUACAACUGGUGUGUGUGGUAGUAUCAGCCGUGUGUUGGUUUGCAGGUGGUCCGUCACUACCACGGUCACCUGAGUGGUGUCUACUGCAUGUCCCUCCACCCGACCAUCGACGUCCUCCUGACUGGAGGCAGGGACGCCACGGCUCGCGUGUGGGACAUGCGGACAAAAGCCUGCAUCCACACCCUCGGUGGACACACCAACACAGUGGCCGAUAUCCUGACACAAGCACCCAAUCCUCAGACUCCAUUUCUCAGGUUUUGCUUUGCCAGCGGGUCUCCGGACAACAUAAAGAUAUGGAAGCUACCGGACGGGAAUUUCUUGCAGAACUUCACUGGCCACCAGUCAAUAGUCAACACACUGGCAAUAAACUCUGAUGGGGUCCUUGUCUCUGGAGGGGACAAUGGGAGCCUUCACUUCUGGGACUGGAAAACUGGCUACAACUUCCAGAAACACCAGACCACGGUGCAGCCAGGGUCGCUGGACAGCGAGGCCGGCAUCUUCAAGUGUCUGUUUGACGUGAGUGGUUGCAGACUCCUCACUGCCGAGGCCGACAAGACAAUCAAGAUUUACAAAGAGGACGACACUGCGACUGAAGAGUCUCAUCCAGUUGUUUGGAAACCUGAGAUUAUGAGAAGAAAGAGAUAUUGA